GCUUGUCCUGUGGUAUUCGUCCCUGUGUUGUCCUUGUUCUAGUCGCGUUGUUUCAUAUCCUGUUCAGUAUGGUACGCCGCAGCGUAUUGUGUGUCCAAAAGCUGCUCCUCUUUUUCACCCUUACCCCAUCUUGCCUCGACGGGAAGCCAUUCAGCCAAAAAAGGAGUGACAACAGCUCAUCGGCAGCGGCCCAUUUAGGGAGCAACCGGCGAGAGAUUGGAGUCCUCGGAGUUCCCAUUCAUCAGGGGCAGCCCAAGGCAGGUGUCGAAAAGGGUCCGCAAUUCCUGCGCGACGCUGGACUCCUCGACCAGCUCAGAGAUCUCGGUCACAAGGUCGAAGACUUCGGCGACGUCAGCGUCGAUGGCGACCCCAGCGUCACCGAUUGCGGAGCGCGCAACUCGGACGUCGUCGGAAAGACAAACAAAAACGUACGCGACGCAGUGGCGAAGGUGCUUGGCUCGGGCCGUGUAUCGUUGAACCUGGGCGGAGACCACACUAUGUCCAUCGGCUCGGUGAGCGGACACGCGCAGUCAGUUGACUCGGAGGUGGCCCUCAUCUGGAUAGACGCCCACGGCGACAUCAAUACGCCCAGUUCUUCGACGUCAGGCAACAUGCACGGCAUGCCCCUCUCCUUUCUCGUCCACGAGAUGGCACCGUACGUCGUGAAGCCCAAAGGACUUGAAUGGGUGGAGCCGUGCAUCCGCAAAGACAACUUGGCCUACAUUGGUUUAAGGGACGUCGACCCUUACGAGCGGUAUUUCAUGAACAAACUGGGCAUCAGGACGUACGACAUGGCCGACAUUGACCGCUUGGGGAUCCGAGGCGUCGCUCAGAGAAUUCUGCAAGAGAUUAACCCGACGGGAGAAAAGUCUUUGCACAUCAGCUACGACAUCGACUCCAUCGACAAGUUGAUCGCGCCGAGCACGGGAACGCCCGUUUUAGGAGGACUCUCUCUCCGGGAAGCCUUGGUCAUCGCGGAAGAAGUCAACAAGUCAGGUCAGCUGAGGGUGCUCGACCUGGCCGAAGUCAAUCCGCUGCUUGGAAGCGAGCAAGACGCCAGAAACACCGUCGACUGCGGCGUGAGGCUCGUCGACGCGUUUUUCGGCAGCCGUCGCGGCGGGAACCUGCCGCUGGAGAAUGACCCUAAGGUCACCGACCCGAGCUGCGUGUCCUGCCAGUGAAAAGCUAAGGGAGGCCUACGAACGACUUCACCGACCAUGUGCGAACACACCGCGUCCUGUGAUACUGACGACACGAACAGAAGGAACAAAUAAAUUGGAGACGACCCUAGUCCUUGAAAUAGGUGUCUGGUAGGCGCACUGGCACGUCAGCGUUUGUGGGCCCUCGAGUAUUCCUUGCGUUAAUCUCGUGUGUCGUCGCGCUUUCCAAGCAGAGGCCACGUGAAAAGAAGCGCAUGGUUGGGACCU